AAAUCUCUAUAAAAACCCACAUCAUAGCUUUCAUUUCACGCGCACGCUUCUUCUCUCCCUCUGGUAACCUGUUGUUGCUUACUCCAAUUAGGUUUUCUCCAUUUUCUCUCUCCUCGAUUCGAAGCUCUAGGUGGUGAAGAAGUAGCCAUGUCUGACGAAGAACACCAGUUCGAAUCGAAGGCUGAUGCAGGUGCCUCUAAAACCUUCCCACAACAAGCUGGUACUAUUCGCAAGAACGGUUACAUUGUCAUCAAGAAUCGCCCUUGCAAGGUUGUUGAAGUUUCCACUUCUAAGACUGGCAAGCAUGGGCAUGCUAAAUGUAACUUUGUCGGUAUCGACAUCUUCACUGGGAAGAAGCUUGAAGAUAUUGUUCCUUCCUCCCACAAUUCUGAUGUUCCCCAUGUCAAUCGUACCGAUUAUCAGCUCAUUGACAUAUCUGAAGAUGGUUUUGUUAGUUUGCUGACUGACAGUGGAGACACUAAGGACGACUUGAAGCUGCCAUCUGAUGAGGCUCUGCUAAAGCAGCUGAAGGAUGGAUUUGCCGAGGGAAAGGACAUGAUUGUGAGUGUGAUGAAUGCCAUGGGAGAAGAACAAAUUUGUGGCCUCAAGGACAUUGGACCCAAGUAAUUAACUUCUAAUUGGCUCGAGUUGCCCGAGGCAUUAGAGCAUGAAAUAUAUGUAAUAUCUAGCUUUACUGGGAUUUUAUGUGUUUUGAGUUUAUGCUGGAAAUGACUUUUAUCAUGGGGCUCAUGCUAGCUCCUCUUCAUAAGGUGGCCUCUUUGUAUUUUUCACGUCCUGUUAUCAUUUGAAUCAUAUAAUUGAUAUUCGAUGCCUUGAUAUGGAGUUGAUUUA